GGCGUAGUUGCGAAAAUCGCCGGCAUUGUCUAAUAAUGGGAAAGUAUCGUGUCAUAUUUUCAUGGUGCCAUAAUUUUCUUCGUAAAGUUUAAAUUCGUAUCAUAAAUUUUCGCGAUCGUGAACACCCAGCAGCAUUUUCGAACGAAAAAAAGGACAAUUUCGGCGUACGCAUUUGAAAUAGUGGAAAGUGGAGUGUGGUGGGGAUAGUUUGCGCGUGCGCUCUACGUGACAUUUAUUAUCGUGCGGUGUCGCGUACAUGUACGAACGCCUUUUUGUGCUCCUGCCAAAGACGCUUUUCAUACAAUACAAUUUUAUUAUUAGGAGGUCUAUAAUAAAAUCCUCCAAUUCACGUACUGAUUUGAAGUAAUAUGAGUAAUGCACCCAAUCAAAAUGGAUCAGGUCUAGAGCAGCAGUUUGCUGGUCUGGACUUGCAAGGUAGCGGGCAAAGCAACCGUUACGUGCCCCCGCACCUUCGCAACAAGUCCGGUGGCGGCGGCGGCGGUAAUUCCGAAUCGUCGGGCGGCUACGAUUCCAGAGACACAAGAGGAGGAGGCGGUGGAAGCCGCAGCGGCGGUUACAGAGGCGGCUCAGGCGGCGGCGGCAGAGACAACCGCGGAGGAGACUUUAGCAGUUUCAACACACGCAACAGAGAUGGUUACGAGGGAAGGGACGGCGACUGGAACAACAGAAGCAGCGGCGGUGGCGGCGGCGGCGGCGGGCGAGAUCGCGACGGCGGUCGCUACCAGGAGCGGGACCGUGACCUGCACCGUAACGACCGGUGGCAGGAGCCGGAGAAACCGCGCGGCGGCGAUCGCUGGAACGAGGGCUCCGGCGGAGGAGGCGGCGGCGGUCGCUGGAGCGAGGGCGGCGAGAGAGGCGGCGGAGGCGGCGGCGGCGGCAACAACCGCCGGAACAACGAGUCCGCCGACUGGACGAUACCGCUGCCGAGGGACGAGCGCGUCGAGGCCGAACUGUUCGGCACCGGCAACACCGGAAUCAACUUCAGCAAGUACGAGGAUAUUCCUGUCGAGGCGACCGGGGAGAAGGUCCCCGCUCACAUUACAUCUUUCGAGGAGGUACAGCUGACGGAGAUCAUCAAGAACAACAUCGCGUCGGCUCGCUACGACACCCCGACGCCGGUGCAGAAGUACGCCAUUCCCAUAAUCGUGGGCCGCAGAGACGUGAUGGCGUGCGCGCAGACCGGGUCCGGCAAAACGGCCGCCUUCCUGGUGCCCAUCUUGAACCAGAUGUACGAGCGAGGCCCGCCGCAGAUAGCGGCGCACUCGCGCAGCCGCCGCAAGCAGUACCCACUAGGGUUGGUGCUGGCGCCAACCAGGGAACUGGCCACGCAAAUCUACGACGAAAGCAAAAAGUUUGCUUAUAGAAGCCGGGUGCGACCCUGUGUGGUCUACGGGGGCGCCCACAUCGCUGAACAGAUGCGAGACUUGGAUAGAGGUUGCCAUUUGUUGGUGGCCACGCCUGGUCGUUUAUUAGAUAUGAUAGACCGCGGGCGUAUUGGUUUGGAUUAUUGCCAGUACUUGGUGCUGGAUGAGGCGGAUAGAAUGUUGGAUAUGGGUUUCGAGGUGCAAAUACGGAGAAUCGUUGAGAAAGAAUCGAUGCCGCGCACCGGGGACAGACAGACUUUAAUGUUCUCCGCCACUUUCCCCUCGCCCAUACAAAUGCUGGCCAGGGACUUCCUCGACAACUACAUCUUCUUGGCCGUGGGUAGGGUGGGUUCCACCUCUGAGAACAUCACCCAAAAAGUUGUUUGGGUGGAGGAACACGAUAAACGUUCCUUCUUGCUGGACUUGCUGAACGUCGCUGAGCUGAACGUGCCGGUGGCGGAGAACCUGACGCUGGUGUUCGUGGAGACGAAGAAGGGGGCGGAUUCGUUGGAGGAGUUCCUGCACAACGAGGGGUACCCGGUGACGUCUAUACACGGGGACCGCACGCAGCGGGAGAGGGAGGACGCGCUGAGGCAGUUCCGUUCGGGGAACACGCCCAUCCUGGUGGCCACCGCGGUGGCGGCCAGGGGGCUGGACAUCCCGCACGUCAAGCACGUCAUCAACUUCGACCUGCCGUCCGACAUCGAGGAGUACGUGCACCGCAUAGGGCGUACAGGCCGUAUGGGUAACUUGGGUCUGGCCACGUCGUUCUUCAACGACCGCAACCGCAACCUGGCCUCUGGGAUGCUGGACCUCUUGAUCGAGGCCAAGCAGGAGUGCCCCAACUGGCUGGAGGGGGUGGCCUCGGACGGGCGCAUGCCUUCGGCCGGGCGCCGCGGCGGCAAGGGUCGCUUCGGCGGCGGCGGCGGCGGCGGCAGCUCCUUCGGCAGUCGCGAUUACCGUCAGCAGUCGGGCGGCGGCGGCGGCAUGCAGAGGAGCAGCCGACCCAGCGGCGGCGGAGGAGGCUACGGCAACAACGGCUACGGCAACGGAGGUGGCCAUUACGGCGGAGGCGGCAUGGAUAGGGGCGGCAGCUACGCCGGCGGGGGCGGAAACUACAACUCGAGCAGCAACAGUCGCGACGACUGGUGGGAAAAUUAGGAGACCACCGGACCCCCCGCCCACUGCCCCCCCGCCCCUCAACAACACUUUCUCUUCUCUUUCGACCCCCUUACAACGACCCCCCCCCCCGUGUGCAGCAAUUUCUCGUUUGUACCAAAUGUUUUCAGGGCAUUACAUCCAACAAAAAACUGCGGUGUUUUUAAUCCCUGCUCUUCACACAUACAUACAUAAAUAUUGUAUAUUAUAUUAUCUUUUAUUUAUUAUUAUUAUUGCUAUUACUACUUCUGCGACGAAGUGCUGCAGCGUGAUUUUAUAUUAUUAUCAUUAUUAUUAUUAUUCCGCUACCGAGUGGUAGUGAAUAUGAGUUUUCGUUAUUUUAGGUUUUUUUUCAUCGUAACGAAUAAUAAAACACUUCUAUAAUAAACCAUUUAAAAAAAAAGUAGGUCAUUUACAUAUAGUUACUAUGAUAGAUAAGAAACUACGUAAAUAAAUAAAAAGAAAAAAGUUCACAUUACCAAUGAUGUUUUUUCGUUGAUUGCUAUCAUUCCAAACGAUGAUGGUAUGGAUUAAAAUUGGGUAAUUUUUUAAUUAAUUUAAUUUAAUUUGAUUUGAUUUUGCUAUCCCACACGCGAACACGAUAGCAAAAAUUCGUUCGAGCAAAGCUGAACGAACCGCAAGUAUUUUGACGAGCCAAAAAAUAAUAAUUAACGUUUUGUCUUAACGUUUUCCUUAACCUCAAACAAAACGACCACUCUCGACUAAGACUACGUUCUCUAGUCAGCCGAGCCGCCACUGACGCCGCCGAAAUUUUUUGGCGGCGGGGCGGCGCCUCCAUAAGCGCAGGGCUCUUUGUAGCGUUGCAGUUACAGCUAUUUUAGGGCGCUAAGAGUAUUCUGAAUAACGCGACUGUGAUAUUUACCGAUGAUCUAAAUAAUAAUAAUUAUUAUUAAACGGCGUAAUCGUUUUUCUAUUUAAUUAGGGCGAUUAUAGAUUUUAAAGUGCGGUGCACCGCACUGACGUACCCAAGUACGACAGAAAAAAUGUUUCGUGUUACUGCGUGGCACAAACGUGGGGCGCCGUUUUAUUUUCCAUUCGGAAAUCAUUUUUGUGUGUGAUAUUUUCAAUAUCACUUUGGGAAUUUUGUUCUGCGAAUUUAUAAUAUCAUAGCAGAUGUUUUA